UGCGCAAAGAGCCCCCGCCCUCUGGGCAGGAACGUUGCGGCGGCGGAACCUUGGGCGCAAGCAGAGGCACCCUGGGGAGGGGGAUGGAAGGGCGCGCGGCAACCGCGGCGGAAGCGGCGGCGGCGGAAGCGACAGCGGGGGCGGGUGCAGAGGUGGAGGACGAAGAGGGAGAAACUAUGGCGGUGGCCAUGGCGGCCAUGGCGGCCGGGGGAGCGGGCCCGGCCGUGCUGCAAGUGGCCGGCCUUUACAGAGGCCUGUGCGCCGUGCGCAGCCGCGCCCUAGUCCCGGGCCUCAGCCUGGGCCUCGUGGGGCCUGAGCAACUGCGGCUCUUCUCCGUACGCCGCAGCGCCGGGAGCGGUGGGGAGGAGCUCGAGACUAACCCUUACUAUGACAAGUACCGAGACAAGAUCCAGAAACUGCGCAGGUCUGACCCUGCCGCCUUCAAGUCGCGCCUGGAGAAGCGGAGUGAACUCCAGAAGCAGCCUGUGGGACACUCCAAGCAAGCAGACUUUAUCAAGUGUGUGGAACAGAAGACGGAAGCCCUGGGGAAACAGUCUUUGAAGAGAGGAUUCACCAAAGACAAGACUCUCAGCUCCAUCUUCAACAUCGAGAUGGUGAAGGAUAAGACUGCAGCAGAGAUCCAGCAGAUUUGGCAGCAAUAUUUUGCAACAAAAGAUACCGUCUACGCGGUUAUCCCUGCAGAGACAUUCGACUUGAUCUGGAGCCGGGCCCAGAAGUGUCCGUCUUUCCUCUGUGCACUUCCGAGGAGAGAAGGCUACGAGUUCUUUGUGGGACAGUGGUCGGCUUCUGAACUCCACUUCACCGCCCUCAUAAACAUCCAGACUCGAGGAGAGGCAGCAGCGAGCCAGCUCAUUUUGUACCAUUUCUCAGAGCUCAAAGAGGACAAGGGCAUCGUGCUCAUGACAGCAGAGAUGGACUCCACUUUUCUGAAAGUCCCUGAGGCUCAGUGCAUCGCCAAUCAGGUACAGCUCUUUUAUGCCACUGACCGCAAGGAGACCUUUGGCCUGGUAGAGACAUUUAACCUCAGACCCAACGAGUUCAAAUACAUGUCCGUCAUUGCAGAACUGGAGCAGAGCGGGAUUGGAGCUGACCUGAAGCUCCCACAAAAGCCGAACACAGCCUAGAGCGGAGGCCGUCGUACUGGUGGCUGUCCUAGGGCCAGUCCUAGGAAGGGGAUGGGGCAUCGUACACACACACACACACGUACACUCAUGACCUCGCACACAUCCUCUCGUGGGCUCCCCGGAGUGUUUAUUGUGGGGGGGGGGGGGGAUCCCAGAAUUGGCGCCUGAUUCUUGGCCUUUAGAUCGCAAAGGGAGGGCUUCUAGAAUUCUCUCCCAGCCUCCUCCGGCUCGGUUGUGAGCGGAAGCCGGCUUAGCGUCACCAGUACGUCACACUCUUCAAGUGUGACCGUGUGGUUGCAUGCCGGGGGCUCUGACUCACAACCCCAGAGUGAUGGAAUGGCCCUUCGUGUGAAGUCGAGGAGACGUCACGCAGCCUGCCCACCGGCCGCCGAUGUGGCGUUCACACGCUGGACCCCUUCUAGCAAGCCGGGCAUCUUCCAGGGGUCUGGCCGUCCUCCAGAUUCCCCAGGCGGUUGGCGCAGGCGCCCCUCUCGUGACCUCCAGGGCUGGCACUUGGUGGAGACAGCAAGCAGCAUCCCCCUCCUGAAGGGCCCGUUGUCUCGCCCGCCUUUGGGAACACUGUCCAGGCUCCGCAUGCUCAGAGGGGCGAAUCAGUGCCGUCUCAAUCCUUAUGUGCAUAGAUAGGAAAAUGGGCUCCCACCCUGAAUCUCAGGGGGACGUUCCCCAGCUUGGAGCCCCAUUGUUAGCUUACGAACAACAGGGCCAUGACUCCCUGGUCAAGCAAUAAAAUCCCUUCUGACUCUCCAA